AUGGAGCAAAGUGGUCAUGAACCUGGUAAGAAUACGUUUCUAUCGCGAGUUUUUGGUUUACAAUCGGAUGACGUUUCUACAUCGAUCCACACACAAGAGUUAAGUACAAUACCUCUGGAUGAAGACGAGAGCAAUCACGGAGCUUUAGUAGAGUCAGAGGAUGAUGAAGAUCACAAUGAUGGUGUGCGAUUGCUAGAGUCGGAUCCCGGAACUUCGACGCAAGAUAGUUUAGAGAGUGACACUAGUGAGGAGGAUGAACGUAUUAAUGGGAUAAAUAGUGACUCUCAAGUGAUUGACACAUCUAGACCACUUCUGAGUAAAAAAGAAACUAUGGAAUUGCAUCCCUUUGGCAGUCAGAAUGGGAGAAUAAUGGAGUCUUCCAUAAAACUGGGUCAGCCAUCUAGUGAUGAGGAAGACUUAAUUAAUGUUAAUGAAUCUCUACAGCCUGAUUUAGAAAACAGGAUAAAUCCAAUAUAUCAUGAAGACAAGCUUGAUAAGGCGCUGGGUAAUAGCUCGAAAAACAUAAGAACAUCCACUUUUCUUGAUAGAGUACUCAAGCCCAAUGAUGUUAAGAAGAAUAGUACUAAAAAAAGGCAAAACAGCCAUAACUACAAUCCUACUUCUACUUAUACCAACUCUAGCUCUAACACAUUUUUGAAUACAGUAAAAGGUGAAAAGUCCAGUAAAAAAUAUAAAUUGAAAAGGCCAAAUAUUUUGAACGCCCUAUCAGUCGUUAACAAUAUGCCUGAAAGAAGAUUAAAUACACUAAGCCCCAAGGAAAGAGCUCUAUGGAAAUGGGCAAAUGUAGAUAACCUCGAUCUGUUCCUUCAAGAUGCCUAUAAUUAUUACCUUGGAAACGGUUUUCACUGUAUUAUUUUGCAAAAAGUUUUGAAUAUAUUAACAUUAUUAUUUGUUGUUUUUGUUUCAAGUUUUAUGGGCUAUUGUGUAGACUAUUCGAAAUUACCGACAAGUACACGGUUUUCAGAAAUUAAGAUUGAUCACUGCUACAGUCAAAAUAUUACUGGAUUCACUAAAUUUUUACUAUUCCUAUUCUAUGGAUUUGUCAUUUUGAAAGUAAUUCAGUUAUACUUUGAUAUUAAUAACAUUAGAGAAAUGAAAUUAUUUUAUCACUACCUUUUGAAUAUAUCUGAUGAUGAAUUGCAGACAAUACCUUGGCAAAAUAUAAUUCAGCAAUUGAUGUAUCUCAAAGAUCAAAAUGCUUUAACUGCUAACGUAGUCGCAGUUAAAGCGAAAAAUAAACUUAACGCUCAUGGAAUUGCCAAUAGAAUAAUGAGAAAAGAAAAUUAUCUCAUAGCAUUAUACAACAAUGACAUUUUAGAUUUAAGAUUUCCAAUUCCAUUCUUUGGCAGUCAGCCAUUGACAAAAACAUUGGAAUGGAAUAUCAAUUUAUGUGUGAUGGGUUAUGUUUUUAAUGAAGCAGGCUUCAUUAAACAGGGAUUUUUGAAAGCUACCCAGAAAGAAUACUUUGCAAACGAAUUACGAAAGAGGUUUAUGCUAGCUGGAUUUUUGAAUAUCAUAUUAUCUCCAUUUUUGGUUUCUUAUUUUGUUCUCUUAUACUUUUUCAGAUACUUUAACGAAUACAAAACAUCGCCGGAAAAUAUUGGUGCUAGACAGUAUACUCCGAUGGCAGAAUGGAAAUUUAGAGAGUACAAUGAACUGUAUCAUAUCUUCAGGAAACGAAUAGGUCUAAGUAAUCCCUUAGCAAGUAAAUACGUUGACCAGUUUCCAAAAGAGAAAACAAAUAUACUUUUGAAAUUUGUGUCUUUUAUAUCCGGUUCCUUUGUUGCAAUUUUAGCAAUUUUAGCACUUUGGGAUCCAGAGAACUUUUUAAAUUUUGAAGUGACUCACGAUAAAACUGUUUUGUUUUAUAUCACGGUUCUGGGAGCUAUUUGGUCCAUAAGUCAAGGAUCAGUUUCCACAGAGUAUCAUGUAUUUGAUCCUGAGGAAACACUAAGAGAACUUGCCGAGUAUACCCAUUACCUGCCAGAUAGUUGGAAGGAUAGAUACCAUACCGAAGGUGUUAAACAGGAAUUUUGUGAACUCUAUAAUUUGAGAAUCACUGUAUUGUUAAGAGAAUUGGCAAGUUUGAUCACCACACCUUUUAUAUUAUGGUUUUCGCUACCAAAUAGUGCUGGAAAAAUGGUUGACUUUUUCCGUGAGUCUUCUGUUUAUGUCGAUGGUCUAGGGUAUGUUUGUAAAUAUGCUGUAUAUGAUGGUGACGCAGAUGCUGUUAAGAAGCAUUUUGGUACAGACGGCAAUGAGACUACAGAACAAGAUGCAGCUACAGAAGAACAAGAUAUCGACUCAGAACCAGAUGAAGCAACAAAAAAGAUGAUGCAAUCUUAUAUGUACUUCCUGGAUGAUUAUGAGAAUGACGAUAAUUUACUUGGUAAAUAUCAAAUCCCAAAGAAGAGAAGAGAGAGUUUUGAUAACACACAGUAUGAUGUUAGCAAUAGCAAUCAGAAAAAUCAAGAUGAUGAUAGUGAUAUGAUCUUAGCCAAUCGAUACACAUGGAGAAAGCAGUUCAAACCAGGGCAAAAACCUGAACUUUUUAGAAUUGGAAAUCAUGUCUUGAAUGAUAAAACAUUUACACAACAAGGUAGCAAUCACCUUGGCAUUGAUGAGUCCUAUGCGCGAUCACAAAUAAGUAAUACUGCAGAGGAGAGUAAUAGGUCAAGCCUGUAUAAUUCCAAGUACAAAUCACCCACCAAAGGUGUAUUAGGACUGGUAAAGGAAUACUACAAAAAAUCUGACGUAGGUAGAUAA